UGGCUGCAAGACAAUGUUAUGAUGCGCUUAAUAAAUCCACCAUAACUGACUGGGCGAGUGUUAAAUGUCGUGCUGAAAACUGACCGGGUGAGAGCUGAAUUACUACGAACAUGGCUUAUUAUCAGAGCAAUUAUCCAAAUUCUGGUCCACCACCGCCUCCCGGACAAUAUGGAGGUUACGGGUACGGUGGGGGAGGACAAUAUAACAGUGCUUAUAAUGUCAAUCAGUAUGGUUAUCAACAGCAACAACCACAAUAUGGCGGAGGGGGGCAUAACUAUGUGGCUGGACAAGGAGCUGUUCCGGGCUUUACAGUGCCAGCGGUACAGCAAUACUCCCAAAUGAACCAAGGACAGCACGGCCCACCACCCAUGGCCAUGCCUACUACGGGUCAUAUACAGAACUACGAUUCUCAUCUGUAUCAAUAUCAGAUGCAACAACAACAAAUGAUGAUGCAGCAAAUGCAGAUGAUGCAGAUGCAGAUGAUGAAAACGAGCGUACAGGAUGAUGGCGAUGGUGCCGAACAAACCGAAGAAUCAUCUGGUGGUAUGUCCGAAGAAGACAUGAAAGAAAAGAUGAAAGUUAUGAUGAAAGAGACAUUUGUGAAAGAAUUAGUUAGAAGAGAGAGGGUAUCAGGAACAUUUGAAAUGACUUCAGGUACUGUAAAACCAUUAGAAAAAUACGAAGCUGGAGACCCAGUUGUUGAAUGGUACAACACAGAGCGUGGAGAAGAUUUAACUGAUAAGCCUUGGAGUAAAGAUGCAGAUUGUGAAUACUUGAAUGAAGCCAUGAAGGGUGCUGGAACAAAUGAAGAUGCUAUCAUCACAGUUGUAGCAUCAAGAUGUAAUUCACAAAGACAAGAACUGAAAAAGUACUUUAAAACCAUGUAUGGAAAGGAUUUAAUUGAGGAACUGAAGAGCGAAUUAAGCGGUGAUUUUAAAGAAGCUAUCAUGGCCUGUUUUGUAAAACCAGCUAUAUACGAUGCUUGGUGUAUUAAAGAAGCUAUCUAUGGUCCUGGUACAGAUGAAGAGACAUUAAUCGAAAUCUUGAUGACUAGAACCAAUGCCCAGAUAGCAGAAUUGAGGGAAGUUUAUGGUGAUGUUGUAAGUCCACAUAAAAAAACUUCAGAAUCACUCAUAGAAAAAGACAUAGAAGAUGAUACCAGUGGCGAUUUCAAACGUCUGCUAAUAUCAGCUUCGACUGGAAACCGGAAUGAAAUAUCUCAAGACCAACUCGAAGAGGCUGUACAAGAAAUUAUUCGUGAGGAUGGAGAAGGCACUGGUAUGUACGAGGUUAAUUAUGAAGCUUUGUGUGACAUGGAUCGAGCUAAAAGGGAGGCUGAACAACUCUACAAAGCUGGGGAAGCUCGAUGGGGAACAGAUGAGGAGACAUUCAAUCGUAUCUUCUCUACUAGAGAUUACUAUUCGCUGAGAGCAAUAUGGAAAGAGUAUGUGAAGAUUACCCAGAGAGAUAUCUUGAAUUCUGUAGAUAGGGAGACAUCUGGUGACUUCAAGGCUGGUUUAAGAGCAUUAGUUAUGAACAUUAGAUGCAGGCCCAUGUACUUUGCAGAGAGAUUACAGAAGGCGAUGAAAGGUCUAGGAACAAAGGACAGUGCUUUAAUAAGACUUAUUGUCUCGAGAUCAGAAAUUGACAUGGUGCAAAUAAAAGAGUGCUUCCUGAAAUUAACUGACCAGACAGUAUGGAAAUGGUUAGAAAAUGAUUGUAGUGGAGAUUACAGGAAACUAUUACAAGCAUUGGUUGGGCUCAAUUAGUAUUUCUACACAGUUCAUUUGAGCACUCCGACUUGCACCUAUUUCCCUUGCACCUAUUUCCUGUGGUAUGAUAUAUUUCUAGAACAUUUGUUAACAUUUCUCGUUUAUAUAAGAAAUUUAUAUAUAGUAUAGCCAAUACUCUUUGUUGUUCUUUGUAUUUUGUAUAUUCUAUACAUGAUGCAUAGAUGAACACACUAAUUUAGUAUUGUGAAAACAAGUUAAAUUUUAUGACACUAAGUAGAUGAAUCUGAUGUUUUGUGACUCUGGUCAGUUAUUAGCUCUCAGAUAUAUAACAAAGAUAAGUUGCAAAAUAAUCACUCUGCAAUUUAAAUCCACAUAUUGGCAAAAACAAAACCUAAUUUAUUGUGUCUUGACCAGUUGAGAACAAAAACGGAUGUUUUACAAUUACACAGUAUUUUACAUUAAUUCUUGUGAAAUGUUUCCAGUGCUUGCAUUGAUAGAUAUUACUCUAAAUAAAUUUAAAAGAGUC